AUGAGUCUUCCCAAGAAUUGCAAGCGAAUAACGCAAAAGCAGCAGAUUAUCGCUGAAGAUGCUGCUGCUCAGCGUGAUUUCUACGAGGCAUUUUUUGCCGUGUACGACGACGCCUUUCUGAAACUCCUAGGCGAUGCUCCAAGCCUUCAACUUGCCAUCGAGAAAGACUGGCCGUUUGCCCAUGAAGCAGGAGUCUACUUCCCGGACCAAGAUGCCAUCUACAUCACCAGCAACAUCCUUCAAGUCAAUGGCAAAUUGAAGAUCAAGAUCGGCAAGAUUACGAGAACAACCAACCAUCAAUGGCAACACGAGGAGAUCCAGACCGACGUAGCGAUGGGAAAUGGCGGCAUCAACUACCAGGGCGGAGUCCUCUUCUGCGACCAAGGCAACAAGUCACAGCCUGGUGGCUUGGUCCUAAUGGAGGCCAGACCACCAUACAAUACGAAGACGCUCAUCUCAUCGUACCAUUGGAGGAAAUUUACAAGCGUCAACGAUGUCGUAACGCACACCGACGGCAGCAUCUGGUUUACCGAUCCCAUUUACGGAUACGAGCAAGGUUUCCGGCAAUCACCUCAAUUGCCGUGUCAGGUGUACAGGUUUGAUCCAGACUCUGGUGAUGUUCGAGUCGUCGCCGAUGGGUUCGGCCGACCUAACGGCCUUUGCUUUUCUCCGGAUGAGAAGACAAUUUAUAUCACAGAUACCGACUGGAUCCAUGGGGAUGGGAGCAGGGACCUCACACGGGUUUCGACGGUGUAUGCUUUUGAUGUGAUCGAGAGGCAUCGGUCGCAUUUCUUGUCGAAUCGGAGGGUGUUUGCUAUGGCGGACGAAGGCAUUCCUGACGGCAUCAAAUGUGACCUUGAAGGCAAUGUCUACAGCGGCUGCGGCGACGGAGUAGCCAUAUGGACGCCAGGAGGCAGGCUGGUAGGCAAGAUCAAGAUUCCAGGAGGCGUUGCCAACUUCUGUUUUGGGAAAAGAGGGGAGCUAUUCUUGCUGAACGAGACACGGUUUUGGGUAGCUAACAUCGGCAAGAAUGUGCAGGGAGCUCUGUUGGCGAACAUGAAUAUAGAAGUGUAG